AUGCCCUCAUCUACUUAUAAUCCAUUCAGGGACUCGUCGGAGUCCUCGUUGAAAAAACCAGAGAAAGCUUUUACACCAUCUUCAUCUCCAAGAAGAAAUUCACCAUCUAAAGCGGCCUUAAGGUAUUCACCAAGAAAAUCUACGAGAAACAGUAGUUCAAUGGGAGAUUCGUUCGUCACUCCAGAUGACAUUGCAAAGAAAUUUGUGUAUGCAGCAGAUGAAGAGACUGCAAGAAGGAAAUUCACACUUCAGGAGUCUCCAAAAAGACAACGGCCAGUUUCAGCUCAAGUUUUUGAUGAUGGAGACGGUAGCAGUGAUGAGGAAAGUAAGGUUCUCAGUCAUUAUGGCAGUCCAGUGAGAAGAAGAUUGGAUUUGACCGGCUCUCAGAAGAAAAACGAGUUUGGCAGAUCGAUUGGCUCUAAUCGUACAGAAUUGGAAGGUGCUAAGCCGAUAUUCUCGGCAUCCACUUUUGCAGCUGCCAAUUCGGAUAUUGACAGUCCAUUUAUUGACGUUCCUAGUUUGUCACCUUCCAAAAGAGACCUUUCAGGUGAAACACGUUCCACUCUUACUUCCGAAUUGGAUUUCAGCAAGAAAGAAGACAACCAGGUCAGUAUUUUUUCAGAUACACAGUCCACUCUAGCGGAGGGAAAGAAGGACAUGACAUUUCAAUCAAGUUUGGACGGUCAUCUCUUCAAAGAAGUGUCUGGAAACUUCCAGCCUCGUAGGUAUAAGGCAACCCAGAAGAUAUUCAGGCCUAGAAAUGGAAAUUUGAUAUUGGACAACCCGGUUCCAUCCAUUUUGCACAACUUCUUGCCUCAAAAAGGUAUCGACGAGUUUGAUUACAUGAAAUACUCGGCAGUGACAUCGGACCCAAACAAAUUCGUUGAAGAUGGCUUCACUUUGCGUGCCAACGAGCUUGGAAGAGAGACUGAGAUCGUUGUUUGCAUCACAAUGUACAACGAAAAUGAAACGGCACUUACAAGAACUCUCCAUGCUGUUUUCCGCAACAUUGCAUAUCUAACAAAGCGGAAAAAUAGCCGGACAUGGGGCAAAGAUGCAUGGAAAAAGGUUGUGGUUGUUAUUGUGGCCGAUGGCCGGAAUAAAGUCAACACAGGAGUUCUUGAAGUUCUUUCUGCAAUUGGUGUUUACCAAGAGGGAAUCGCCAAAUCGUUUGUUAACCAGAAAGAGGUCCAGGCCCAUCUGUUUGAGUACACACCACAGGUUUCCAUAGACGAAAACCUCAAGUUUGUCGGUGGUGAAAAGGGCAUUGUUCCCGUGCAAGUUGUGUUCUGUAUGAAGGAGAAAAACGCAAAAAAGAUCAACUCGCAUAGAUGGCUAUUCAAUGGACUUUGCCCAAUAUUGCAACCUCAUGUUUGCGUUCUUCUUGAUGUUGGAACAAGGCCACACGAGUCGGCCAUCUACAAUUUAUGGAAAGCGUUUGAUCUUGAUUCAAAUGUGGCUGGUGCAGCUGGUGAAAUCGUUUCCAUGAAGGGAAAAUACUGGAAAAAGCUCAUCAAUCCAUUAGUUGCAUCCCAGAACUUUGAGUAUAAGAUGUCCAACAUUCUAGACAAGCCUUGCGAGUCUGCAUUUGGAUACAUUAGUGUUUUACCCGGUGCCUUGUCUGCAUAUCGGUGGUCUGCUCUUCAAAGCAAUCCAGAUGGUUCUGGCCCGCUUUCCAAGUACUUUGAAGGAGAAAAAUGUGACGAGGCUGUGAGUAGAGAUAUCUUCAGUGCAAACAUGUAUUUGGCUGAGGAUAGAAUCUUGGCCUGGGCAUUGGUGUCGCGUAAAAACGCCAAGUGGGUUUUGAAAUAUGUGAAAAGUGCCAAGGGUGAAACAGAUGUGCCGGAAACGCUUUCGGAGUUCAUAUCUCAGAGAAGAAGAUGGCUCAAUGGUUCAUUCUUUGCAGCAUUGUACUCUCAAAUUCACUCGUUCCAAAUCUGGCACACAGAUCACUCGCUGAUAAGAAAAAUAUUCUUCCAGAUUGAGUUCUUAUACCAGGGAUUUACUCUGCUCUUCAACUUCUUCUCGGUGUCAAAUUUCUACAUCUCCUUCUAUUACUUGGCUGGUGCUUUAAUCAACAUCAUCGGAACAGGUGGAAGAGCCGUGUUCGACAUCAUGAAUUACAUAUGCUUGUGUACACUUUUGGCUACUUUGGUCAUCUCCAUGGGAAACAGACCUCAGGGCGCACCCAAGUUGUUUUUCACGAUUGUUACAAUUUUAACUUUUUGCGGAGUCUAUGCAUUUGUUUCCGGUUUCUACUUCCUCGGAAGUAUGAUCAAGGAAAAAGAACUGGGUUCCGAUGUUGGCUUCAACUUCACAUCCAUCUGCAUAUCCUUGGCAUCUACAUAUGGUCUAUAUGUAUUGAACUCCCUAAUAUAUCUCGAUCCAUGGCAUCUCAUCACCUCUUCAAUACAAUACUUCUUGAUGCUUCCUUCAUACACCUGCCUCUUGCAAAUUUAUGCCUUCUGCAACACGCAUGAUGUGAGUUGGGGAACUAAAGGUGAUAAUAACUAUGUUGCCAACCUUGGUAAGGCCACAAUUGAGCGUGAUGAGAAAGGUCAGGAGGUGAUCCGAUUGGAAAUUAUUGGAGAACAGAGAGAUAUUGAUUCGAUGUACUCGGAGAAUCUCUACAAGUUGAAAGAGCGUAGAAAACAGCCUGAACAGAUGAGAGAAGGUGCAGCAAAGAAAUCAGCAAUCAGUGCACAGGAUUACUACCGGGAUAUUCGUUCAAGGAUGGUUCUUUUCUGGGUAAUCAUGAAUGUUGUUCUAGUGAUGACUAUUACCGAGAUAUAUCCUGCUACCCAGAUCGGAAACAACAAGUACCUUGUCAUCAUGCUUUGGUGCGUUUUUGGAACCAGUCUUGUUCGUUUUAUUGGUUCUAUUGUCUACAUUAUUCAUCUUGUGGUGAGAAAGAUUGUCGUUACAAAGGAUAAGUGGGAUGUUCACCAGAUGGGAAAAAGUGAUGCCGUGGAAAUGGUUGUGGAAUAA